AUGCUAACGAUUCCUCGGCUGGAGUUGCAAGCAGCGAUUUUGGGUGCACGCUUGGCGAAGAGUAUCAUAGAGGCGCACUCGGUUUCAAUCAAGCAAUGUUAUUUUUGGACGGACUCACGAACAGUUCUCUCCUGGAUCAACAGUGACCAUCGUCGCUACCAACAAUUCGUCUCAUACCGAAUUAGUGAAAUUCUUGAGACUACCGAACCAUUUAACUGGCAUUCGAUAUCAACAUACGAUAACGUAGCUGAUGAGGCUACUAAGUGGAAGAAAGUUCCUGAAGUCAGUGUUAAAACUCGCUGGUUUAAUGGCCCACCGUUUUUGAAGCUGGAGAAAAAGUUUUGGCCAGUAGAGUCCUUCUCACCGGGAGCCGCAACUACAGUAGAGCUUCGUGGCCAGUACGUUGGGACACAUCAUGAAGGACGGUUUAAUGAAUUUAUUGCAUUGGACCCAAAUCGUUACUCAUCCUGGCGUCGACUUUUAACCAUGACUGCAGCAGUCGUAUACAGUGCCAAAAUUUGGUUAAGCCGCGUCAGACCACAUCCUGAAGGCAUUGAUGGUGUAAGCAGCUAUCGUACACCGCGAACUGAAGACUUCAAGUUGGCCGAAAUAAUGCUGUGGAGGCAGGCACAGUUCGAUACUUACAAAGAAGAAAUAUAUUCCCUUAAACAUGGGAAGUACGUUGAACGAUCCAGCUCACUUUACAAGUUAUCCCCAUAUCUGGAUGGAAACAAUAUUAUGCGACUUGGCUCGCGCUUAACUUCAAAAGAUAGAAACGAUUUGGUAAUCCUCCCCAAGAGUCAUCGAAUAACGCACUUGAUUGUGGCUGACUUCCACACGAAAUAUCACCAUCGGAAUUUAGAGACAGUAGUUAACGAUGUACGACAACGAUACUGGGUGCCGCGGCUAAGAGUAGUCGUUAAUGAAGUUCAAAAGCAAUGUCAGCGCUGUAAGUUGAACAAGGCGAAACCAAAACCUCCGAUAAUGGGACAACUACCCUCGGCUAGAGUUUCUGCAUUCUGUCGACCAUUUACGUACGUGAGCGUUGACUAUUUCGGACCUUUUCUGCUAUCGAUAAGGAGAAGUAGUGAAAAGCGGUACGGGGUAUUAUUUACAUGCCUCACGACGAGAGUGAUUCAUAUUGAAAUCGCGCAUACUCUUUCAACAGACUCCUGCAUCCUCGCAAUUCGUAAUUUCAUAGCCCGACGAGGCAAUCCCAUUGAAAUCUGGAGCGACAAUGGUACAAAUUUUAAAGGGUCCGAUAAAGAAUUGCGGACGGUAAUCGCGCUAAUGGAUAAUAACGAAAUAGUCAAAGAAUUCACUAGUCCUAACAUGCGCUGGAGGUUCAUUCCACCAUCAGCACCGCACAUGGGCGGUGUUUGGGAAAGGUUGGUACGUUCAGUGAAAGACGUUUUGUAUUACACCUUGGGAAGUCGACAAACCAAUGACGAGCUACUACGCGCAGCAUCAAUGGAAGCCGAAAUGACGGUGAACUCGCGUCCACUCGCCUAUAUGCCUAUAUCUCAUUAUGCGGAUGAAGCAUUGACUCCGAACCAUUUUCUCCUUGGCAAUUCCAUCAGCUCUAAGCCUUUGUCAGAACUCAGCAAUGAUGGACCACUCCUACGUAGAGGCUGCCUCGCUUCUCAACAACUGGCCAACACCUUUUGGAAGCGAUGGCUUAGGCAGUACCUUCCAAUCAUCACCCGACGUUCUAAAUGGUUUGAAAAAGUUAAGCCCAUCGAAACCGGAGAUGUCCUGCUUAUCGUCGAUCCUAAUCAUCCUCGCAAUUGCUGGCCCAAGGGUAGAGUUGUCAGUGUCUGUAAAAGCGCUGACGGACAGGUAAGAAGCGCGACAGUUAAGAGCAUAACUGGCUUAUAUGAGAGGCCGGCGACGAAACUGGCCGUUCUUGAUGUAGAAUCGUUGGUGGAACCAUGA